CAUGUGAGCUAGCUUCUUUGCGGCGAAUGCACUUACCGGAAUCAGCCGCAAAGACGGGCUUUGUGAUGCUCGGCUUCUUACUGGGCAGAGCAUCGCCAGCAUCGUCGGGCUUGACGGGGUCAAGCAGAAACUAAGCUCAUCAGAAACAGUGUUGCAUGGAAGUUUGUGGAAGCUACCUUGCUGGCCCUUUUCUGCCUUUUGGCGGGCAAUUCGAGCAGCUCUCGAGCAGUCAUGUAGCAGUCUAGUAGCUACAGUAAGCUCAGUAGCGAAUAGCCAAGCAAUAGAGGGAGAGUCCUUGUCUUGGUGUAGAAAGCGUUUAAAGUUUGGAGAUCUGUGAACGGCGGCAAAGAAAAAAAAGACUCAACGAGAAGCAUCAGGGCACACGACCAACAAGGCGCCUCCCUCUCUUGUUACCUGGAUGAACAAGGAGCACUCAGUCUUGCCAUCAGACUCGUCAAGUGGCUCGCAACCGCUUCAUGGCCUCGAGACUGGAAAUGCGCAGGCGGUCGCAGGAGUGAAGGGGCAGACCAAGAACAGAGCUGCAAAGAAGGCGGCAAAGAAGCCUAGCAGUGCGCCUCCUGCCAUCUCAGGUUCAGCACUUGGUGAGAUUGCAAAGAAAGAUGUCUCGAAGGCAUCAGUGCCGGUGGCAGCUCAGAAAAAUGCUUCCAAGGAACGUGGCGAGACGCGCGACAGCCUUGUGCGCAAAGACCUAGCGCUGUUUAACGUUGACCAAGCAUCGAAGCGCAGUCGAUCGAUGAUUCGCGUCAAGGUGGACAAACGCCCAGUCAAGGUACUUUGUCUGCGCAUGCCAGUAGGCACUGCACCAACACCCGAAUUGCCACCGCUUAAACCCAUCAAGGUGCAGUUGCCUGGACAGCCUCAGCACGCUAUAUGCACAGCUUCACCAGCACAGUCAAUAGCAGCAAAGGAGAAUACGAAACAAGAGCGUGUACGCCGUAAAGCGGGCAAAGCUGGUAAUGCCCUUGAACGCAAGCUCAGUCAAAUGAUUCUCUCGCAUCAGCAUCCGCGUGCAGCAGAGAGGACGCCCUCCGUGUCACGCAGUUCGUGUAUGGAGAGCGCACACUCUCGUUCCAUGUCGCCGGAAGCAGCAGGCUUCCUGAGUAUGAUGGAGGCAACGCCGAUGCCCUUUACUGAGGCACCGGGCCCACUAUCAUACGGGUAUGGUCCACAACCGCCGUUGAUGAUGCAAGGCUAUCCACCUGCCAUGCCAGCACAGCAUCAUCAUCAUCACCACUACCCGCCUUCCAUGUCGUACGGCCAACCGUAUCCAAUGAUGCAGCAUCAGCCUGUGUACAUGGCGCCCAACAUGGAAUAUCAAGCAAUACACGAGCGUAAAAGAUCGUCUCUCUCCGGGAUGCCAAUGAAUGGUAUGGUCUACUACGAUGAUAUGACGCCUGCUCCUGUGGCGAUGGCAGGACCUGGGUCAUACUAUGGUAUGUCAGACUAUGCAGCGUAUGGCUAUGCGAUGCCGCCGCCCGAUUACACCAACGCAGCGAUGCAUGGGUCUUAUGAGGCCUUCUCGCCACCGCAGUAACGUCUCUCACCCUCUUGAACCUUGGCCUUUUGCACGUAGUCCUCUUCAGUCUUCAUAGCGCGCGACAUUUUCGCAUUUCGUCACCUUACAACAACACCACAACCAGCCUCUCAUCCUCUCUUCCAAGACUGGCCUAGUUAU